AAACCUUCGAAGAUACAAGUGCCGAGGGUCAUGUCAUUGCUCGCGUCCAAGCAUGUGGAUUUCGAUAUUGUCUGGAGAGAAAUAGAGCCGUCGGUGGAGGUGCUAGUCAGCGGAUGCCACGACCCGUUUUCGUACGACAAGUGGCAGAGUGUCUACCGCGGCGUGUACAACAUCUGCACCAACCCUGGGACUCCCCAGGCCGAAACAUUGUUCCAACACCUGCGCGAUGUCCUUGUUCAACGCGUGGAGAACAUCGCAGAGGUGCUGAGUGCCGAGCAUGGGGAAGCCGAGUUCUUGGGUCAAUAUUGCUCGCAUUUCAACAUGUUUUCGACUGGCACGUCGUACGUGUCCGAGUUGUUUUGCUACUUGAAUCGGUAUUGGAUUCGAUAUGCGCACUCGGAGUACGGCCAGGCGCCGAUUCAGGGCGUGUACCCCAUUCCAGAGCUGGCAUUGCGGAUUUGGAGGGAUGUGCUGUAUGCCAGGCUCAAGGACCGCGUCAUCGCGUCCGUCUUGCACCUGUUCCAGCGAGACAGGGAAAGCGAAGGCGACCAAUUCGAGCACGGCGACCUCAUUGCGUCAACUGUUCAGAUCUUUGUCGUGCUCGGUUUAAACAAGCAAGACCCGCUCAAGCUGUACCGCGAAGACUUGGAAGUUCCGUUUCUGGCGGAUGCUACACGGUUUUACGCAGCGUUGGCACAAGACCUGUUGGAGCGGGUGUCCAUUGCAGAUUACCUCGUGCUAGUGGAAACCCUGUGCCGCCAUGAAGAGCGCCGCUGCGACGGCAAGAUGCACCGCAUCACCGUGCAGCAGACGCGACAGACGUGCUGCAGGGUGCUCGUGGAAGCACACACAGAGCGCCUGUGCGACCACGCCGAAGCCUUCUUCGAGUCCAACCAGACCCAACACUUGCGUCGAUUGUUUGGGCUGUUUUCCGAACUGCCUACUCCCCACGCCCUUGUGACGCUGAAGAAUAUUUUCAAAACGUUCGUCGAGCGAAGUGGUAUGGCAGUGGUCAAGCAGUUCGAGCACCACGACACGAUGCGCCACCCGGAAGAGUACAUUGAAGCGCUGGUGGCCGUCCGGGACCAGUUUUAUGACGUGGCCAAGCGCGCCUUUGGCUUGGAUCCGCUCAUGCGCACGGCGUUGGAUCAAGCGUGCCGAUCAUUUACAAAUUCGCACCCGUCGCUGCCCGAGCUACUGGCCAAGUACACACACGUGUUGAUGACCCAGUCGGCCAAGUACGCGAGUGACGAGUGCAUUGAGAAGCGCGUCGAGUACGUCGGCGUUGUGUUUUGCCUGUUAGACGACAAGGACGUGUUCAAAGCCAUGUAUUCCAAGCUCUUGUCGAAACGGUUGAUUCAAGGCGGAGCCAUGUCAAUGGACGUGGAGCUGUCUCUAAUUCAAAAGCUGAGGGACAUUUGUGGAUGUGAGUUUGUGUCCAAGCUCCAGAAAAUGUUUUCAGACAAAAUCAUUAGCACCAACGCACAUUUGGCAUACAAGAUAUGGAAGGAAGAACGUGACCAACUUGGGUCGUCGACGGUGGAGUGUUGGUUCGAUGUGCUCACUGCUGGCGUGUGGCCAAUUCCGACGCCGACGCAAGACAUCGAGUUAAAGCUACCCGCCGUGUGCCAGCAACAGGUGCACCUGUACGCAACUUUCUACGGCACGCAGAGCACUGGACGACGGCUGCACUGGGUGCACCACAUGUCCCACGGGGUGCUGCGCAUGGUGUUGCCGUCUCGCUCGUUUGAAGUCCACGCCAACUACCACCAACUGGUCAUGCUACUCUUGUACAAUACCCGAGACUCGUGCUCUGUAAACGAAUUGACAACCCUCACGGGGUUCUCGAAAACAGACAUUCAGUACCACAUGCAACCCCUCGUCAAGCUCAAACUAUUCAGUGCCAACAACCAACACGAUGGGACCUCGGCCGAGGCUUUGUCGUAUUCGCUCAACACGAUGUUUACGUCGAAACGAUCGCAUUUGAAGGUAUUGCCAAAGUAUACGCAAUUGAGUGCGCCAAAAGCUAAAGCGGCCGCGACGUCGCACGAAUUGUCCGAUGACCGCAAGAUGACAAUGCAAGCUGCGAUCGUGCGCAUCAUGAAAGCCCGGCGCGAGUCCACAUUUGCCAACCUCCUCUCGGAGUCGGCUCAGAUGCUGGCCAUGCAAUUUGUCCCGACACCAGCCUUCUUGCAGCAGAACCUAGACAUCCUCGUGGACAAGGAGUACAUUCGUCUGGCCCCACAACAACUAGAACAUGCAGACUCGGCCACUCCACCCGCCGCCUCGCGAAGUCUCGCUGCCGUGUACAUAUACGUAGCCUAAUAGUUUGAUAUAUUUGCUGCAACCAAUAUAAAUGGUACUAGCGUAAUUGUAUUGAUUUAUUAUCGAU